UCCUGGUCCUGUUUCUUUGCGUGAAAGCCAGCAUUACUGUCGUUGACUCUCAAGAUUCAUGGUCCACACUGUGAUUCGUCCUUUAUCGAGGUCUGAAAACAAGCAGGAACUUGUAUAUCUUGACUUCCAAGGAAGCUUCGUCGCCGAUGACCAUGCCAAUGUGAGCGAUGCCUAUAUUGGCGAUCUCACGCUUGAAAAGGACAAAGCCAUUCUCUCCAUUGGCCAUCAUCGCUUGGAAGGCAAAAAGGUGAAGUUGCCGAAACCUUUUGCAGUCAUUCAAAAGAGUGAGCAAGAUCUGAUGGAGACUGAUACUUCCCCUGGUGCAUACUACGAUGUCGUUACGAUUCUACGCGAAAAGUACGUUUUCAAUACGCGUCCUGGUUUAGUUGUAGAAGAAAGCAUGCGAGGCUUCACCAAAAUUGGUGGUUAAAAGAAUUUAGUUUACGAACGAAAUAAAAAGAGA